AUGUCUGCUAUUACCUUUAACGUACAGGAUGUUGUGUUUUGGGCAGCGUACGUGCCUUGUGAUUCUCAGCACAAAGAUGCCGUUCAGCUAACCUUAGAACAAAUUGAUGUUAUCAGAAGACUGACCGAACAAUACCAUCCCAGGCUAACUUUAUGCACCUCGUCAGAAGAUAUCAAGAGUGCGCAUAAACAACAGCAGAUGUGUUCUCUGAUAGGCGUAGAAGGGGGCCAUUCUCUAGCUGACAGCCUGGCGGUGUUGAGGACCCUUUAUCAUAUAUGUAUUCGCUAUCUCCGUGACCCUGGAUCUCAAUACGGUAUUGGUCAGGAACCUGUUGUUAGUCAAGCAACGGUACCUCGGACUGUGGAUAGAGUUGUGAACAGCAUAGUCACACAGUCAAACGAAUGGAUCAAGUUUGCAACUACCAACCAUGAACUGAUAGAGCCCAAGCGGAUAUGGCAGAGCACGUAUAAAUUUCCGACAGCAAUUGGUGUAAUUGACUGUACACAUAUAGGAAUCCUGAAACCAAAUCGCCAUGGAGAUGAGUAUAUCUACCGAAAAGGGAAACCUACUUUAAAUGUGCAAGCCACUUGUGAUGCCAGAGAGAUGUUCACAAGUGUUGAUAUGGUGAUCAAAGAGAUGAACCGCAUCGGCAUGAUCGUAGACCUGUCACACGUAUCUGUCCACACGAUGCACGACGCCCUGGAGGUUUCAAAAGCGCCUGUCAUCUUCAGCCACUCAUCGGCGCAUGCGCUGUGCAACUCCACCCGGAACGUGCCGGAUGAUACAUUGCGGAAGUUGGCAUUGAACAGAGGUGUCAUCAUGGUCAACUUCUAUUCGUUGUUUCUUACGUGUAGGGAGGUGUCUACAAUCGCGGAUGCUGUUGAGCUGAUAGGAACAGGGAAAUGGACAGUGGAUGAUCUGAAAAAGCUGGCUGGCCUCAAUUUUCUCAGAGUAUUUCAAGAAGUGGAGAAAAUUAGGGACGAGUUUAGAAGGGCCAACGUACCGCCUUACGAGGAAGUAAUUACCCCUAGACCAAAGGAUAACAACUGUACAUCCCAAUUAGUUUAA